CAAGCGCAUAGUCUAAAAAUGCCAACUACAGUGACACAGACGGAAAGGGAGAGAAAGAAACAGAAAGAGGGAGGUAGAGAGAGAGGGGGCAGUGAUCAACAGUGAGUGAGCGAGAGAUAGAACUGCAGCAGACCUGUAUCAGAUAGCAGAGAUAGAGAGAAAGAGCGAGAGACAGAGAAAGAAGAGAGGGUGACUGUAUGGAUUGGACAAGGUUGGGGGAAACGUUGAUUUAAACAAGUGGACCCCUCCAGAGAGAGAGAGAGAGAGAUCCCCAAAGAUCAUUCGGACCGGAAUAUCAUGCUUCUUUUCCCAGAAAAUUGUUACCUAGAGAGGUUACCUUUGGGGGUUCUGGUCAUUUGUGAAGGGCUACUUUCCUUCCCAAUUUUCCCAUCUAUCUAUUUCUGAAAACGAGGGCACACAGAAAGAACCCAGAGCACCUAUCGAGUGCGUCUUGCUGGAACAGGUGUUGUGUUGUGCAGCGGUACGGUCCCUGUCCUGUCACUGCGUUGUGUUGUGCAGACACUUUUCCUGAACGGAGAAAGAGACUAUUGACGACCAGGACCGAUCGAGAUGAAGAAGCUCAGCGGGUUUUUCCGGUUCUGCCUCACUCGGAUGGAGUGGUUCUACCCAUAAAGGAUCUGAAGAGAAUUAGCCAGAACCCAGCAGAGAACAUGCUACAGUUUGGCUAAAGAACCUUAGCUAGCAGAAGGGGAACUGGAAAACCUCUGUGGAAAUCUCUGUACCUCUGUUCUCGAGCAGUUGGAGAAAGGGAACUUUAACUUGAACAAAUAGGGAUCAUCACGUCACAAGGUCAGGUAGGGUGUGUCUAGGACCCAUUUGGCCACUUGGACAGAGAUCUGUUUUGGCAUCAGGGGGGAACUGCCUGUGCCCAUUUCCUGUGAUCCCCAGUGCUGUUUCCUGUGUCUUGCCUACCACUCUGACUGUUGAGUUGGAGCAGCGACUCUCUGGUGCCCCACUGGCUGAGCCUGGCUUGGUCAUGAGUGUGGUCGGGGCGCACCGCUACAGCAUUGUGUCCUCGGAGGAAGAAGGCCUGCGUCUCGGUGCCAUGCCUUCCGUCACAAUGGGCAACGGCUUCGGUAACGGCAAGAUCCACACAACGCGUCGCAAGUGCCGCAGCCGCUUCGUGAACAAGAACGGCCAGUGCAAUGUGCACUUCUCACACAUGGAUGAGAAGUCGCAGCGCUACAUGUCGGACAUCUUCACCACGUGCGUGGACAUCCGCUGGCGCUGGAUGUUCCUGAUGUUCACACUGGUGUUUGUGGUGUCCUGGCUGGCAUUCGGCCUGGCCUUCUGGGUCAUCGCUUUGCUUCAUGGAGAUAUGGACAACCCGGGUGGUGGAGAUGAUAACUUCACCCCCUGCGUCCUGCAGGUCAACAGCUUCGUGGCCGCCUUCCUGUUCUCCGUGGAGACACAGACCACCAUUGGUUAUGGCUUCCGCUGCGUGACGGAGGAGUGCCCCUCAGCCGUCUUCAUGGUGGUCUUCCAGUCCAUUUUCGGCUGCAUCAUCGACUCCUUCAUGAUCGGUGCCAUCUUAGCCAAGAUGGCGCGGCCUAAGAAGCGUGCAGAGACGCUGUUGUUCAGCAACAAUGCAGUGAUCGCCAUGCGGGAUGGGAAGUUGAGCCUUAUGUGGAGGGUGGGCAACCUGAGGAAGAGCCACAUGGUGGAGGCCCAUGUCCGGGCCCAGCUCAUCAAGCCCCGCAUCACAGAGGAGGGUGAGUACAUCCCCCUGGACCAGAUCGACAUCAACGUAGGGUAUGACACGGGCAUCGACCGCAUCUUCCUGGUCUCCCCGCUCACCAUUGUGCACGAGAUCGAUGAGGAGAGCCCCCUGUUCGGCAUCAGCAAGCAGGACCUGGAGUUGUCCGACUUUGAGAUAGUGGUGAUACUUGAAGGGAUGGUGGAAGCCACAGCCAUGACAGCGCAAGCUCGCAGCUCCUACCUGUCCUCAGAGAUUCUGUGGGGUCACCGCUUCGAGCCUGUCGUCUUCGAGGAGAAGAGCCAGUACAAAGUGGAUUACGCUCACUUCCACAAAACCUUUGAGGUGCCGUCCACCCCCCAGUGCAGUGCCAAGGACAUGGCGGAGAUGGAGGAUGAGGACAAGGAUCCUACGCCCACCGCCAACUCUUUCUGCUAUGAGAAUGAGCUGGCUUUCAUCAGCCAGGACGAGGAAGAGAAUGAGGAGGGGGAGGAGGAUGGGGACAGGGUGCCAGAGCUGGAGAGACUGCAGGCCACCGUCAGCCUAGACCAGAGGUCAUAUCGUAGAGAAUCAGAGAUAUGACCUUUGACAUUUGACCUUUCAUAAUAGUUUUCUCGUAACUCAGUUCUAGCGGGUUGUUUUCCAUGUGAAUACAUGCAGAGCAAUGCAAGUGCCAUAUGAAACCCAUGACUUAUGUGUUCGCAUCACGCUACAGCCAUGAGUGGAGACAGCAGUGCUGCUUGCUCAUAGCAUGGAAUAACAGGAACGGUCAUAAAAAGACCCCUCUCUCUUUAAGAAAGCUUUAAAUAUUUUGGUCUUGAGAUGGUUUGAGGUAGGAGCUUUAUAUAAUGCAAUAUUCAUUGUCUAUUAGGAAAUAAUAUCUUAGCUAUAAAAAAAUAUAUAUUGAUUUCUUAGUUGAGUGUGUGAAGUAUUUUCAACAGAUCAAGAGGGUAUUUUGGGGGAUUCUAAUAACUGCCCUAUAUUGUAGUUUACAGAGUCAAAGAGGCAGAGUGUGCUGGAAAUAGAAACACUGGAUACCUACUGCUGUUUAGUUAAACAUUUUCUAUAUGCACACCUGUAGUUUUAAAGGUGCUUUACAUAAAUAGUGCCUGCUGCUAAUUAGCUAUUUGAAAUAAAUAUGAAAUAUAAACUUCAAAUUGGAAGAAUACAGUGAUAAAAUGCAUAAAUGCAUACAUUUGCGUUGUGUAUUUUGCAUUUCUAUACAAUUUGAAUCCCUUAGAAAAUGAACAAUGGAUAGCAUGAAAGUAGAUUUUGUUAUAUUACUGGGAACCUGUAUAGAAAACUAUUAGUGGGCACAAUUCACUAUCAAGUGAACAAAACACUAUGUUUUGCUGUCUAAAUCACUCUCUAGAAAUUGCACCCCACCACUUUAUUUGUUUUGAACAGGGAAUCUGAUUGAUUUAGACAGCUCCAGUUGUUGCACACAGCUGAAUGGCAGACCAGGCAGCAACAUUGAUAAAGCACAGUUACAGGUUAGCUCGUACCGAAAUCUAGCACAAAUAGAACAAAGCACUGCAUUAGGGGGCUACACUCGGCUACACUUGAAAAUCAAACAAAUUAACCCAUUAGCCACCGCACAAAAGCAAAAGAUUGGCUAACAAAAGAACGGUAGCCUUAGCUGUAUAUUAGGCUACAUUUCAGCUGAUAAUACUAAAAUGGGAGUUGGCUGGGUGACUGAGGUUAAAGACCAGAUAGUAUAGAACUGUAGAAUUGACCUACUGAAAGACAGUCUUACCAAAAACCUUAAAACAGAGGAAAUAAGUGAAAAGUGGGAAUAAAAGAGCGAGAAAGAAAGAAGAUAAGAGAUUAAAGUUGGCCGGUAAAGUCAAUCAAUCAUCACGUAGGUAAAGUAUGGUACGGUACUAAAAAUGGGUAUAUAAUUUGCACUGUUACAUCUCCUUCCAGUCAUCACAGUGGCUGAGGAGACAUCAGUCAAGACAUGGGUCAUGUUCAUUAGGCACCAAAAGGGAAUAAAAACAGAUUAAAACAGGAACCGCAAAUUUUUGUUUACUAUUGCAUAUGUUUUGAAACGUUGUGUGCCCUAAUGAACACGGCCAUGAGGUUGCUUAAAGAGGAGAUACCAUUGGACAUCCCUAAACAGACCCAAAGGAGGAAAUAGUGAGAAAUAGAAUAUUGGAGAGAGACAAAAGAGGAUUACAUUAGCGACCUGUUCUCCCACAAGGGCUCUUUGCAGACAGGCAGCACUUGGAGAAAUGAACAUGUCUAAUUACAGUACGGGGGAAUAUGUAACAUAAUUUAAAUAAAUUAAAUGUGUUGUAGAAAUAGAUUACUGCCUGCAAAACUUGUCACCAUGAAUUAGAAAAACCGGUGAGAAAUAGUGCCAAAUGAUACCUAUUCCCUAUAUAGUGCACUACUUUUGACCAGAGCCCUAUAGGUGUGUAGGGAAUAGGAUGCCAUUUGUGACGCAGGUCUUGUUCUUUCUGAUUUUCAUAUCUGAACUAUGCACCUUAGAUACAGUUUUAAGAAAAGAAGGGUGAAAACUAAUAACAACACGAAAACAAUACUAUAGAGUCAAGACACAGGUCAUUCAUUUAGGUUCAACACAACAGUAAGUGUACACCUGACAGAUUUGGACAUAUGUCAGUAAUAUGGUAGUAGAUCAGACCCUCUCUUAGGUUAGGUUACUACUGUUUUACUUACACCAAUUUAUGCUACUCCAGUUUUGAACGGGAAUCAAGAAGUGUAUGGUGGUAGGGACUUGUACUACAGUGGUUUAUGUUAAUUUAAAACUGGGUUGUACAGUCCUGCUAUCCAGAAUACUAUCAAGGUCCAUUCAGAUAAGCAUUAUUCUCAAGGUGAUGCUUGCUGUUGGCUUUUGUGGGCGUGUAUCAGAACCUCUCAUGUUGUAUCCAAUCCAAUCAACUGACUCCUAUAAUUCAAACCCUUGGCAAUAGACAGAAGAUAGGCCCAAAAUAGACCUCCUGAUGCUUCUUUUCUUUCAACACUUUCAAGCAACACAAAACUUUGGCUUCAAGCCCUAACUAUCCGUCGGGACUCUUCUUCCCAAAUGAAACCUAAACCAAAGUUGUGUACUGGACUGUGUAGUCAGAGCCAGAUAAAGCUGGUUUUAGUGCAUGAACUUGAGCAAUACUCGUCCAUGUACUGUAUGUGUCAGGUUGUAGUAUCCAAAAUGGCACUCUAUUCCUUAUAUAGUGUAUUAUGGUGCUCAUGCUCUGGUAGAGCAAAGUAAAAUAGAGUACUACAGUACAUAGGGAAUAAGGCGCCAUUAAGGACGCACCCUCAGUCCUCCCUACAAAUCCAACAGAGCCCCAGGACACUGUAUGGAGGAUCCACAGACCGGUCAAACAAGUUACUGUUUUCUAGUAUAUUUUUGUAGAGUACCAGAAUUCCUUGUCCCUCCUACUGCACAAAGUAACUCACUAUAUAGUCCUAUAUGACCUAUAAUAGUUUUUGUGGCAAUCUUUCAUAGAGUAGACAUUAGGGACAUAGAAAUGUAUUGUAUAGAAUGGCCAUCACCUUUUGAAAAGCAAUGUUGGAUGGAUGCCAGUCAGAUGGCUAAUGAACUUGGAGGAGUAGUGGUUUGACGAAAUAUUCAAGUAAUUGUUGAUUUUUUGUUUUGUUUCAGAACUUUGUGUAAUUCACACACUAUCUGAUCUGUUAAAUUGUGCGGCUAUAUCGUUUUGUUGAUAAUAAUUCAUGUGGAAUGGAGAGAACAGUAUCAAUACAUUGUAAUUCUAAACUAGCUCUCACAGUCUCAUGUCAGAAUUAGAAUUACUUCAUCCAUGUCUCUCAAAACGUCCAAUUUCUAAGUUCUUCCAAACGUCAAAUUGUGUACUUAGGCAUUAACUCCACAUUUUGUGGAGUUAAAAACUCAAAAACAACUUUCUUUUACUGAAUUUGAACAUGCAAUCUUUGACAGCAGAGGCAGAUGCCUAUGCUUACCCACAAUCCCUGUCUACAAUGUCUAAGCAAAAGCAAAAGCAAAAGCAAAACCUACUUGAAAGUAACAGUGCUCCCUGUUGCACAUAGUGGCCAGUUUCCACGUCAUAUCAGAUAUUGAUAUAUGUCGACUACUGACUGGUGUCACGGGUGAACUGGCUGGUAAUUCUACAGCAUCACAUUAUUUAGCUUUCUGGGAAGGUUAACACAUGGCAAGGAAGAUUGGUUGCGUCCAAAUGGCACGAUAUUUCUUUAUUAAUGCACAACUUAGGGCACUGGUCAAAAGUAGUGCACUUUGAAGGGAAAUGUGCUGCUACUACUGUUCAAGGUGUCGUCUCUGUAAUAAUGAUGGCAAUGGGUGAUCCCAAAAGUAGUGCACUUUGAAGGGAAACGUGCUGCUACUACUGUACAAGGUGUCGUCUCUGUAAUAAUGAUGGCAAUGGGCGAUCAUAGAGAUGCAAAACCAUCAUCAACAUCUGCUUUAUCUACGGUAUCAUAGGGUAGUGGAUGACCAUUGAUAUUUAAUGAGCCGAAUUAACACUUUUGAUACCCAAUUCCCUAUAUAGUGCACUACCUAUGCCCUGGUCAAAAGUAUUUCACUAUGUAAGGAAUAGGGUGCCAUUUGGGACUUAGACUUAGUUGUCUAUGACUCUUAGUAAUACUCCCAUAUGGGUCCGUAGAUAGGACAGUCUGUCUAUGCGCAGUGGAAACUUACUUGCUCACUAUUUUCAUAAAUCAACACUAUUCUAUUUUUAUAUCAGUCUUGGUGAGCUGUUUUCUUUCUCUGAAUGUGCUUGGAGGACGAGGAAAGGGGUUGAGUUAGCUUGAUACUUGAGCACAAACUGAAACUGAAAACCUGGGGAUGAGGAGAGGGAAUUGGGGGGAAGAUACAAACUGAAACUGCAUUCAAACUGAGCUUUUAGCACGUCAUAACUACUGAUCUAUAAUCUCUAAAUCUAGAAUUAAAAUACCAAUAACAUAAGCCAUCAGAUGAUACCAACCAGAGAGUUGUGGAGAUAUAAGAGAUGUCCGAGCUGCUCACUAAGUCUCUGAUUAAAACGAAUUGCUAUUUAUCUUCAGAAAGGAGAAGGGAUUCUGUAACUGACUCGACUGGAUGGACUGGUUGAACUUUGACCUCUAUCGGACGUCUUCCACUGUCUGAACGAGCCCGAGAUGCUGAAUUACACUGACUGGGUUGUUGUUGAUAUAUUUUUCUCCUACCUUUUGGUUUAUUUCAAUGAACAAUGAACGAUGAAAACUUUAAUAAAUCAUCAAAAAAAUAUAUAUAAUUACAAAAUGUAACUGCGUUUUAACUGUGUCUCUUUUCUCAUUGACAUAAUGAUUUGUGAUGUGACUGAAGAGAAAGAAGUGUGGGCGUUAAGAGGAGAGAGGGAAGAGAAGAGGAGUGAGAGAGAGAGAGAGAAGGAUGGAGAGAGAAGAGAAAAGGGAGAGGGAGAGAGAGAGAGAAAAGAGACAGACAGGUGUGAUUUAUGAUUGGCAAUUUGGGGUACAGUGUCAGAGACUCCUACUCACACACACACAACACACACACACUUUCAAGUGGAGAGGAUCCACAGUUACAGUAUAGAUUGAUGUGUAAGUCCUUAUAAGGUCCCUGAUCCUACAGGACUAAUCAACUUUGAGUAAUAAAUGGAAAGUGUAAUCUGCUAUGGGAUAAAUAGUGUGUGUGUGUGUGUGUGUGUAACAUGUUAUGUUGUGUGUAUAUAUCCCAAAAAAACGAAACAUUUCUUAUUUUUCAAAAGGCUAUGGAUCAGGGUUAUGUAUCGACGCCUGAAAACAUGGGGUAAAAAAAUGCCACAGCUGGGCCAACAACGAAAUAACACAGCGGUCACAUCCCAAAUGGAACCCUACUCCCUACAUAGUACAUACAUUUGAACAGACCCUUAUUGGCAUUGGGCACAGACGUCAAUUCAACAUCUAUUCCACAUUGGUUCAACGUCAUUUCAUUGAUUCAACCAGUGUAUGUCCAGUGGGCAGUUACCAGCUGCCAGUAUAACCACCUCUCCAUUAAGCUCUGACCCUUGACUGUGUGUGUGU